GUAAGCGACGCCCUGGUUGGUUUCAGACUCUCGGACACUCCCCACUGCUGCCAACUCGGUCUCCUUGCGUUUGCGUCGGACGGGGACUUGCAAGUCGACAAAACGUUGUAAUUCUGAAAAUAAUCAAGCACAGCUUUGUAAGCCGUUUCCCCCUCAGACUGUGUUUACGGAGGUGAUGCUGGGGGUAGCUGGGAUGACGGGCAGCUUUGCGAAUGCCCUGGUCAGCGCAGUCUGUGAGCGCUGUAAAAGUGGCUUUGCUCCAACUGAGAAAAUCGUCAACAGUAAUGGAGAGCUUUACCACGAGCAGUGCUUCGUCUGCGCCCAGUGUUUCCAGCAGUUUCCAGAAGGACUCUUCUAUGAGUUUGAAGGCAGGAAAUACUGUGAGCAUGACUUCCAGAUGCUCUUCGCUCCCUGCUGCCACCAGUGUGGAGAGUUCAUCAUCGGUCGUGUCAUUAAGGCCAUGAACAACAGUUGGCACCCUGACUGCUUCUGCUGCGAUAUUUGUCAGGCAGUACUUGCAGAUGUGGGGUUUGUCAAAAAUGCUGGCAGGCACUUGUGUCGUCCAUGCCAUAAUCGGGAGAAGGCUCGGGGCCUAGGCAAGUAUAUCUGCCAGAAGUGCCAUGCUAUUAUUGAAGAGCAGCCGCUGAUCUUUAAGAACGAUCCAUAUCACCCUGACCACUUCAACUGUAACAACUGCGGAAAAGAGUUGACUGCUGAUGCAAGAGAACUGAAAGGGGAGCUCUUCUGUUUGCCCUGCCAUGAUAAGAUGGGUGUGCCAAUCUGUGGCGCCUGCAGGAGGCCCAUUGAGGGACGUGUGGUCAACGCCAUGGGCAAGCAGUGGCAUGUGGAGCACUUUGUUUGUGCCAAAUGUGAGAAACCUUUCCUUGGUCACCGCCAUUAUGAGAGAAAAGGUUUGGCUUACUGUGAGACGCAUUACAAUCAGCUCUUUGGGGACGUGUGUUAUCACUGCAACCGUGUGAUUGAAGGCGAUGUUGUGUCUGCUCUCAACAAAGCCUGGUGUGUCAGUUGUUUCUCCUGCUCCACCUGCAACACCAAGCUCACUCUCAAGAACAAGUUUGUAGAGUUUGACAUGAAGCCUGUUUGUAAAAAGUGUUAUGAGAAGUUUCCGCUUGAGCUCAAGAAAAGGCUCAAGAAGCUGGCGGAGUCAUUGGGACGGAAGUGAGCUGCUGUCUGAUAAUCACCUGGAUGGGCUCCUGCUGUGGUAAAAUGUCCAGGGAAGAUGUUAUAGUAAGACAUAAAGCCAUUUUGGAGAAACUGAAUAAAGGAAAAGUUUAGCUCUAGAUCAACACCAGUAAAGUUGUAAGUGAAGGUUUAUAAGGUUUGCUUUAAAAAAAAGUCCAUCUGUUUACAAACCAACAUUGACCCAAAAGGUGAAAUUCAUUGAAAAAUAUGCAUUUAUAGAAAUUUAUGCAAAUGUUUCACCUCAUACCCAUCUUUUUUUUUCUUUUUUUUUAAGUUUUUAUAUUUUGUUUGAUUGUACAUUCCUAAAUUAUUAAUUUGUUUUCUGUGGAGCGUUUCAAUGUUUAAGUCUAUUGUCCCUCUACUAUCACCAUGUCUGUUAGCUGUGUUAGUGCCUGCCAGAAUAUAGAGUUUAACAUGACUCUUAAUUACAAAUGUGCCUUAAAAACGAGAGCUGUUUAAAUGGGAAUUGCUUCUAUAUUACAACUUGUAUCUUUACUCGGUAUAGCUGUGCUUGUGUUUGUCUUUGACUAAUCUACUGAAUACAGAAUCCUUUGACCUUCAUGUCCUAUGUAAUUUUUCUAAUUUUUAGAAAAAUCUUCAAGUUUUCAAAAUAUUGCGUAAAAUUAAUAUCCUUAAUGAAUAUAUAUUCCGUAUCAAAUUGUGAAAUUAAUGGCUGUGUAAAAUCCAUGCGCCUAUUUUGGGUCUUGUUCUUAUUUUUCAAAAUCUAAUAAUGUAUGCUGUCUGAAUGUGGUUAUAUAUUUCAAAUGCCUGGAGUUGUUGGAUAUUUCUGGAUUAAUUAACAUUUAAAACAUUCAAAGGUGAACGGCUAACAGGAAAUCAGAAGUUUUUUAGCUAGUAUUUUAACCUGUUUGAUGUGACAUGAUCACUAACAAACCCUCUAAUUGCUUUGGUUAUUUAUAAACUUGAAUGCGUUCUGAAAUGACAGGCACACAAAAUAAGUUUUUUGUGCUAAUUUUGCCUAUUGGAAGAUUUUGUGUUUACAUUUCAGUUGCAAGCUUGCAUUUUACUAGCAUGGAAUUGAAAAUUACAGUUUACUGCAUCUUAUGUACAGUGCUGAGAUGCUUCAUUAAAGAUCAAUAAAGUAUUCUGAACACAUAA